GCGGCGGUUCAGUAGUAGAGAGUCGCGCGGGCAGCGAACACGCGCCAGCCUCCGCGAGCGGCUGACUCACGCACCACGCGACGAUACCUGACCCGCGUCAGACGUGGCUACAACUUUACAAAAAGCAAGCGCUGCGCGACCGGCCCAGGCGGCUCAUUAACAUAAUCAUAUUCAUAUAUAGAACAACUCUCAGCUGAUGUUGACACAACACGGAGCGCGAUUGUGAGUUACAGGUGUUCUUAGAACUUUGCCGGAUCCGUUCAUGUGUCGAAUAGUUCCCAUUGGAACCCGCACUAGUGUAGUGACUCAUCUAAAAUGACGAAAGUUAAAUUCAAGAAAUCCCUCGGUUUAUAGAAUGAGCAUCACUGGAUUAAGGAAACAAAACACAAUUACAUUACAACUGUAGUGCGACAUACACGGACAAUUUGUGAGUGAAACAUCGAACACAUUUGUUUACAAUAAAAGUUUUAUUAUACUUGUAAUAAUAUAGACUCUAAACGCUACGAAGAGACUGACAAAGUAUUAGGAUCCAAAGAUUUUCUAAUCAUAGUAUAUUAUCGGGUAGACGCUAACAUACUGGUACUCGCUGGCGACUCACGUGCGAGUGUGUUCAUACGGUUGGGCGAAGUACUUGAGUACUGUAUUGUUGUUGUGUACAAGGUGUAGAAUAAAACUUUGGCAGCCUGCCAGUGCUCAGUCAAGCGAAGGUCGUGAAGAGUGCGGAAGUGUUGGAAUUCGAGUGUUCAAACGAGCCCUUACUUGCCGAAAUUAGAAUUUUAUUACGUUGUUGUGUUUGGUGUCGAUUGCUGCGUCAGUGGGACAGUUGGAGGACGUCGACCGUGGCGGUGCGGCAAGUGAAGUGUGAUGGUGUGAAGGAUGCAUUUGCCGUAUGAGUCCCGAGGCCGUCGGCGGCGUGAGAUGGCUGAGCUGGAACCUUGGUGGCUGCAGUCCAUCGUCGAUGAGACUCUUGCCGAGUACCCUGAUCUAGUAAGAACGGGCAGUCCAGACUACAUGUGCUCAAUGCUGCCUCAACACUGGCGGUCGAACAAGACCCUGCCGGGAGGGUUCAAAGUGGUAGCCCUAGGAGAAGUUCUCGACGGAACCCUGGUCACUGUCAGGGCUGGCAACGACGAGAACUGCUCCGCGGAGCUUAGGAACAACUCUGCGGUGAUGAAGAAUAGGGUUGCCAAGUUUAAUGACUUGAGGUUCGUCGGGAGAAGCGGGAGAGGGAAGAGCUUCUCGUUAACAAUAACGAUAUCAACGAACCCACCUCAAGUCUGCACCUACCAAAAAGCCAUCAAAGUCACUGUCGAUGGACCCCGGGAGCCGCGCUCCAAAACUAGUACAAAUGCGUCGCCGCACCAAAUCCGGUCCUUCGGUCUGCAGCGGUCCCUAAUCACGUGUGACAGCGCAUCCCUAGCUCUGCGGGAGAUGGACUACAAGGCCUCCUCCGUGAGGAGCUUCCGGUCCCUCUCCCACGAGGAACGAGAGUACAAGACUAACGCCAACCUACCCGCUGGAGGUAUGUACCCUGAUGAAACCAGCGGGAAUAUCCUGGGAGCAAGCGAGUGGAACACGGGGUACCCUUCGACGGCUUCCAUGUACCCUGCGUACGCGCCGCUACAACCACCGUAUUAUAAACCAGAGCCCACUAUACACAUACCUGCAGUGUUACCAGAAAUCCCGCUUGGCCACGCAGAGUACACUGGCUUCCAACCAACCACGACAGGUUUCGUGAAAGGCAGUCCAAGCAGCACAGGCGCUGCGCUCACCGAACUCAACUCACCUCCAGCGAUGGCGACGCAGCGAUACGAUUCCAACUACUACAACUCCUGGCCAAACAACACCUACAACUACAAUAACUAUCAGUACAAUAGCAUAAACAACAAUCCAACCUGCAUACAAUCGCACGCGCCGUACAACCCGCAGAUGAUCCUCCCGAACCUUUACUCAACAGUCAACCAAAACCAAAUACAUGUCCAUCUACACAGUUCUGGGGAUAAACACAACUUAGAACAAUGUUUUCCCAGCGAAAUUAAAAUCAGCGACAUCGACGGAGGCAUCUCUAUAACCACGGAGCUACAGGGAACUGGCGAGGCCAGUGGUAUGGUCCAAAGCUGUGAAGGCACCGACGAAGUGAAACAUGGCCUGUAUGGUGCGGCCAACCAAGAAGUGUGGAGACCAUAUUGAUAUUCCGUUCCGAUUGUGAACAAGAACAUUAUGUUGUAUAUAUUGUGAUAUACUUAAAUGAUCUGUUUUAUGAUUCAUAAUUUAAUUAGAAAUGUGCCGACUAUGUCUCGCCAGUGUUUAAUAGAUAUUUUUUAUGACACAAAUGUAUAUGUCUUACAAUUCUUGUGCAAAUUAGAGAUUCUUUUCAGUUUGCCAUUACUGCAACUAUUUACUCUUAAGAUUCCUUAUAACAUAAUCAAACUCGUAAAGCAAUCACAUAUCCUUCGUAGCAUAUACACAUAUAUGCCAUCUUCUUUCUACCGCUAUUCGAAGUGAUCUAAUAAAUCACGUAAAGUUAAGUACUACCUACCUAAAUGAUUAUUUCUAUGAAUAUUCUAAACAAUGACAACUUAGCCAACUGUAUACAUAGGUACCUAGUAGGUAUCCACAAAAUUGGCCGGAUAGUCGACACAUCUCUAUUUCUAGUUCAUAAGAAAUUCCAACUAAAUUAAUGUUAAACAUUAAUUAGAUGUUAAUUGUUAAAUUAAUUGAUUAAGUAAUAAAAUAUUAAAUUAAAAAUUAAA